UCCUAUGCUUGAAAAUACUGACCCCCCCUCCCUCCCUCUCUCUCUCCCCCGACUGUGUCGUCGAGACUCGAGAGAGAAAGAGAGCCUUCUCAGACUGUGAAGCAAAAUCGUUUUCUGGAGCUCGGUGAGUCAUGGAGCAAGAGGUUGAAGGGUUGCCCACUGAUCACGCCACUCUGAAGGUUCAUAUGUCACAAUCUGUAUCGAGAUCAGGGUUUUACCAAACAGGACAUAAAAGACUAAAGUUAUCAGAUAAUGGAAAAGAAUACGAAAGCUUAGCCUUCUCUGCAAGCAUUCUUAAUGAUAUUGAACAGAGGAAACCAAAGACGUCCCCAGAAGUUAUUGAUUACCGUGAUCCUUUUGCUAUCCCCGACCUCCUGGAAAGGUUAGGCUCUGGUAAAUAUGGAAGUGUUACGAAAGAUAUGGAAGCCCUCAUUGCUCGAAGGAUGCAGAUGCUACACCCUUAUUUCUCCAAGUAUCCCACUCUUUCAAAUACAUUCUUGGAAGCAGAAAAGAACCAGAGUAAAGGGGCUUUGAAACAAGCUACUCGCACAUCAGAUAUUAAUAUAAUUGAUUUGGAGGAUGAACAUGUUACAAAUGAUGUCAAAGCAGUAGCACCGCCAGUUGUAGUUAUUGAAUCAGAUGAUGAAGACAAUGGAUAUCAGGAGCCUUUUGUUCCUUUUCGGGAGAUUGUCUUGCCAAGACCAGCUGGACAAUUUCUCAUGAAGGACUUUUUGGAUUAUCGUGUCCCUCUUGCUAAUGCUAAAAAGGGUGGAGCUCAACGAGAAAAAGCAAGUGCUGAGCUUGAAAUCAAGAGAGAAACGGGUGCUGAGCUCGAAAUCAAGGGAGAAAAGGGUGUUUAUGUUGGCAUAGACGAUGAAGACAAUCAUCAGACCGAUGCUGAAGAGGAUGGCCUGGAAGAUAUGUGGAAGGAGAUGUCAAUGGCGUUAGAAUGUUCGAAGGAUGAUGCUGUAGAUCCUCCAUCUGAAGAACAGGCGAGAGGAGGAGGGGAAGACUGUGAUCAUUCUUUUGUCUUGAAGGAUGAUCUUGGUUAUGUUUGCCGCAUUUGUGGGGUAAUAGACAGGGGUAUUGAGACAAUAUUCGAGUUCCAGUACAAUAAGAUCAAAAGGAGUACCCGGACUUACAUGCCUGAUUCUCGGAAUGCCAAAGACAGAGACUCAACUGAGAUAUUUGGAGUUAAAUAUUCUGAAGAUGAUACGAUGGCAACUGAAAUAUCUGCCCAUCCAAGGCAUACAAAGCAAAUGAAACCUCAUCAAGUGGAGGGUUUCAAUUUUCUUGUUAGCAACUUGGUGGGUGAUAGUCCUGGGGGCUGCAUCUUGGCCCAUGCUCCUGGAUCUGGAAAGACAUUCAUGAUAAUCAGUUUUAUGCAAAGUUUCCUGGGAAAGUAUCCACACGCUAGACCACUUAUUGUACUCCCUAAAGGAAUACUGGCUACUUGGAAAAAGGAGUUCCAGACGUGGCAAGUGGAGGACAUUCCACUGUAUGAUUUUUACACUGUCAAGGCAGAUAAUCGGUCUCAGCAGCUAGAGGUGUUGAAGCAGUGGGUGGAGCAUAAGAGUGUCCUUUUCUUAGGGUACAAACAAUUCUCAACAAUUGUUUGUGACAAUGGAACCAGCAAUACCUCUGCUUCAUGUCAAGAGAUACUUCUCAAGGCACCUUCAAUUCUUGUUCUGGAUGAAGGGCACACUCCAAGAAACGAGGACACAAAUGUAUUACAGUCCCUUGCGAAGGUGCAAACGCCUAGAAAAGUUGUACUUUCAGGAACCCUCUACCAAAAUCAUGUCAAAGAGGUGUUCAAUAUUUUGAAUCUGGUCCGACCAAAGUUUUUACGGUUGGAAACCUCUCGAGCUGUUGUCAAGCGCAUCAUGAGUAGAGUGGAUAUACCUGGUUCAAGAAGGCAGUUUAAAGCAGGUGCUGAUGCAGCUUUCUAUGACUUGGUUGAACACACAUUACAGAAAGACAAGGAUUUUAGGAGGAAAGUGGGUGUCAUACAAGAUUUGCGUGAGAUGACCAGCAAGGUCCUUCACUAUUAUAAAGGGGACUUCUUAGAUGAGCUUCCUGGUCUUGUUGAUUUCACCGUGGUGCUGAAUUUAAGUUCCAGACAGAAGCAUGAAGUUUCGAAAUUAAAAAAGUUGGUGAGGAAAUUCAAGAUAAGUUCUGUUGGGAGUGCCGUCUAUCUUCACCCAAAAUUGAAUUCUUUCUCUGAGAAUCAUGCAAUUGCUGAUCAUUUGGUGGAUGAGUUGUUAGAGAAAAUAGACGUGAAAGAUGGAGUGAAGGCAAAAUUCUUUCUUAAUAUGCUUAGCCUAUGUGAGUCAGCCGGAGAGAAGCUGCUGGUUUUCAGUCAGUACCUCCUACCCUUGAAAUUUCUAGAGCGAUUAGCAGUGAAGAUGAAGGGUUGGAGUCCUGGAAGAGAAAUCUUUGUGAUUUCAGGUGAAUCAAGUUCUGACCAUCGUGAAAGGUCCAUGGAGCGCUUCAAUAAUUCUUCUGAUGCCAAAGUCUUCUUUGGCUCCAUCAAGGCAUGUGGGGAGGGUAUAUCUUUGGUUGGGGCAUCCCGCAUAAUUAUUAUGGAUGUACAUCUUAAUCCGUCAGUGACCCGGCAAGCAAUAGGUCGAGCAUUUCGACCAGGUCAAAAGAAGAGAGUGUUUGCAUAUCGAUUGGUAGCUGCUGAUUCGCCCGAAGAGGUAGAUCAUGGCACUUGCUUCAAGAAGGAGUUAAUUUCAAAGAUGUGGUUUGAAUGGAAUGAAUAUUGUGGUUAUCGGGAUUUCGAAGUGGAGACUGUUGACGUGAAAGAUUGUGAUGAUCCCUUCUUGGAAAGUUCAUUCUUAGGGGAAGACAUAAAGGCUCUGUACAGAAGGUAGUUCCUAGCAUCAUGCUAGGUCUCAGCACUGGAGUAGGCUUGAAUUAUAUCUGACUUCUAUCUGGCCAAGUUAGAAUCUUCACCUAUUCAAACUUCGGUUUUAUAUGUAGAGGGGUGGUUGAAUCAGUAACAAUCUUGAAUCCAUUCUGGAGUCUGGGAUUACGUUCAUUGGAGCCUGCUUUUCCUGACUUCAAAUCCUCGGGGGAAAAACGUUUCUGUAUAGCAUGCCUUAAGUGAAGCCUGGGGUUACGUUCAAGCGUUGCUUAAUAUUGAGUGACGAUUUCCUGUCAAUUGUGUGGUUUCUCACUAGCCAUUAAGACCAUUCCGCUUGUAGUGGUCAGAGUGACGUAAACACUAAUUUCUGUAUGUGGAUGAAACGAUUUUUUCCCCUAAUUUUCAGAAGCCUGAUAGCGGUUUUUAGUUUUGCC